AGAGAGAGGGGGAGGAAAGACCCCUGGCUUCUUGGAUGACAGGUGGGCCCAGUGAAGCUGUGUCUCUCCAUAGCUAUAGGGCUCCAUGUUGCUCAUCUUUAAAGGAUGUGACAGCCCUGAUUUUGCUUGGGAGUUGUGAAAAUUGGGUGUGAUUGGUAUUUGGUGUGUAGGAUAUCUUUGGCAGCUAGUAAAGGUAGCUUUUAUUUUUUAACUUUUGAGUCAUAAGUUGCAAGAGAGACUCAGUUUGCUUGAGUUGUUGGUACAGUCUGUUACUUGAUGGUUGAGAUUAAACCCCUGGCCGCUCUCAGGGGUCUGAGCCAGCUACCAGACGUGCUCCUGGCUGUGCUUAGAUCCUUCCUAUGAAGACAGCAGGCCUUUAAUGUCCUGAGCUGUCCUCAGUGAUCUGUGUGCUUGUUUCUUCCGUUCUUUUCCUAGCUUGCUUGCCUGUGUUUUUCUGAAACCCCUUUUCUUCCCAGUGUUGCCUGGGUCAGAGUUCACUCUGGUGAGUGAUCUGUUUUCACUGGGGCAUCCGAGAGGUCAUUUGAGCUCUGACUGCUAUUAGGAGGCGGAGGGUAAGGCCUGGAGACAAAGCCAUCCUCAAGAGGAGUGUGUUAGGAAUGCAGCUAGCUGUCCUGGGACAUCCCUGGACACAGGCCUCUUGUUCUCCUGAGCCUUUUUCAGCUCUUGUUUUCACAAGUUAGUGAAUUUGGAAAGCCUCGGUCCUGUUCACAGUUAAGCAGAAGACUCGAUUUUGUCCUAGUUUAUGGGAUUUACUAGUGACAGAAUCACCCUUGUGCUAGGAGAGCUAGCCCGUGUAGCGCCUGAGUGUGUGUUACGGGUGCUCAGACCAGACAACAAAGCCUCCAGGAGCCCAGUUACAUAUUGUCUUACUGCUAAAGCGGAAUGUGUUUAAGGAGCUGAAUUUUAGAAACGACCGGACUGUCUCCCAGUUUGAAUGGAAAUAGCAUUGCGGAAGCGGGAGAAGAUUCUGUAACUGAGAGGCAUUCUUCAAGCUGCCGGAAAAUAUUACAGAAGGAACACCUCCCAAAUGUUGCCUCAAGCUCUGAGAAAAGGAGCACCCGGGGGAAACUUAGUGUGGCUGUGGAUCGAAGCGAACCCUGUGGGAGCGAUGAACGGGGACUUGGUGCGCGGACGCCUGGCCUGAUCUUGAGAGGCCUGAGUUUAUGUUGGUGGAACUGGCGGGCCGAGGGGCCCUGAGACCAGCAGGUGCCGUCUGUAUGGAGAAGAGCGGCUGUGGUCCAUUUCCAAUGUGUUGGGCUAAAGAUUAUGACAGAUACAUAGCACCAAGCAAAAUAAUGGCAGCUGCUUACCUUGACCCAAACUUGAAUCACACCCCGAAUUCGAGUACCAAGACCCAUCUGGGUACCGGAGUGGAACGUUCCCCCGGGGCAAUGGAGCGAGUGUUGAAGGUCUUUCAUUAUUUUGAGAACAGCAGUGAGCCAGCCACUUGGGCCAGUAUUAUCAGGCACGGAGAUGCUACUGAUGUCAGGGGCAUCAUUCAGAAGAUAGUGGACAGUCACAAAGUAAAGCACGUGGCCUGCUAUGGAUUUCGUCUCAGUCACCUGCGGUCAGAGGAGGUUCACUGGCUCCAUUUGGAUAUGGGUGUCUCCAAUGUGAGGGAGAAGUAUGAACUUGCACACCCACCAGAGGAGUGGAAAUAUGAAUUGAGAAUUCGUUAUUUGCCAAAAGGAUUUCUAAACCAGUUUACUGAAGACAAGCCAACUCUGAAUUUCUUCUAUCAACAGGUGAAAAGUGACUACAUGUCGGAGAUAGCUGACCGGGUGGACCAGGACAUCGCUUUGAAGCUGGGCUGCCUAGAAAUACGGCGCUCGUAUUGGGAGAUGCGAGGCAACGCGCUAGAGAAGAAGUCCAACUAUGAGGUGUUAGAAAAAGAUGUUGGUUUGAAGCGAUUUUUUCCUAGGAGUUUACUGGAUUCUGUCAAGGCCAAAACACUAAGAAAACUGAUCCAGCAGACGUUUAGACAGUUCGCCAACCUGAACAGAGAAGAGAGCAUUCUGAAAUUCUUUGAGAUCCUCUCCCCAGUGUACCGAUUUGAUAAAGAGUGCUUCAAGUGUGCCCUCGGUUCAAGCUGGAUUAUUUCAGUGGAACUGGCGAUCGGCCCAGAAGAAGGAAUCAGUUACCUCACGGACAAGGGCUGCAGCCCCACACAUCUGGCCGACUUCAAUCAAGUGCAGACCAUUCAGUAUUCCAACAGCGAAGACAAGGACCGGAAAGGAACGCUGCAGCUGAAAAUCGCGGGCGCCCCCGAGCCUCUGACAGUGACAGCACCGUCCCUGACCAUCGCCGAGAAUAUGGCUGACCUGAUAGAUGGGUACUGCCGGCUGGUGAACGGAGCCACGCAGUCCUUUAUCAUCAGGCCCCAGAAAGAAGGUGAACGGGCUUUGCCAUCAAUACCAAAGCUGGCCAACAGCGAGAAGCAAGGCGUGCGGACACACGCGGUCUCCGUGUCAGGCAUCUACCCUGACGCCACUCACAGUGCAGCCAGAGCCCUGACGUGGGCUUCUAGGUCUGUGUCACCACUGGGAGCACUGGCCACCUCUCCCUCACCCCUCACUCUUUUGUCACCCUGCCCAACCUCAUUGCUCCUCGAAACCGACGACUAUGCUGAGAUUAUAGACGAAGAAGAUACCUACACCAUGCCCUCAAAAAGCUAUGGAAUAGACGAAGCCAGGGACUACGAGAUUCAAAGAGAAAGAAUCGAGCUUGGACGGUGCAUCGGGGAAGGCCAGUUUGGGGACGUCCACCAAGGCGUCUACAUGAGUCCAGAGAAUCCGGCUUUGGCGGUCGCAAUUAAAACAUGUAAAAACUGCACUUCGGACAGCGUGCGAGAGAAAUUCCUUCAAGAAGCCUUAACGAUGCGCCAGUUUGACCACCCCCACAUCGUGAAGCUGGUCGGUGUCAUCACGGAGAACCCCGUCUGGAUAAUCAUGGAGCUGUGCACGCUUGGAGAGCUGAGGUCGUUUCUGCAAGUGAGGAAGUACAGUUUGGAUCUCGCGUCUUUGAUCCUGUAUGCCUAUCAGCUUAGCACAGCUCUGGCGUAUCUGGAGAGCAAAAGAUUCGUGCACAGGGACAUUGCUGCUCGGAAUGUUCUGGUGUCCUCAAACGAUUGCGUAAAAUUAGGAGACUUUGGAUUAUCCCGGUAUAUGGAAGACAGUACUUACUACAAAGCUUCCAAAGGAAAGUUGCCUAUUAAAUGGAUGGCUCCAGAGUCCAUCAACUUUCGACGUUUUACCUCAGCCAGUGACGUGUGGAUGUUUGGUGUGUGUAUGUGGGAGAUACUGAUGCAUGGUGUGAAGCCGUUUCAAGGAGUGAAGAACAAUGAUGUGAUCGGUCGAAUCGAGAACGGGGAGAGAUUACCAAUGCCUCCAAAUUGCCCUCCCACCCUCUACAGCCUUAUGACGAAAUGCUGGGCCUAUGACCCCAGCAGGCGGCCCCGGUUCACUGAGCUCAAAGCUCAGCUCAGCACCAUCCUGGAGGAGGAGAAGGUUCAGCAAGAAGAACGAAUGAGGAUGGAAUCCCGAAGACAGGUCACAGUGUCCUGGGACUCCGGAGGGUCCGACGAAGCGCCACCCAAGCCCAGCAGACCUGGUUACCCCAGUCCACGGUCCAGCGAAGGAUUUUAUCCCAGUCCCCAGCACAUGGUACAGACCAAUCAUUACCAGGUGUCUGCCUAUCCUGGCUCACAUGGGGUCACAGCCACGGCUGGCAGCAUCUACCCGGGUCAGGCAUCUCUUUUGGACCAGACGGACUCAUGGAACCACAGACCACAGGAGAUAUCGAUGUGGCAGCCCAACGUGGAGGACUCUGCGGCCCUGGACCUGCGCGGGAUGGGGCAGGUGCUGCCCACCCAGCUGGUGGAAGAGCGGCUGAUCCGGCAGCAGCAGGAAAUGGAGGAGGACCAGCGCUGGCUCGAGAAAGAGGAGAGAUUCCUGGUCAUCCUGAAACCCGACGUGCGGCUCUCUCGAGGCAGCAUCGACAGGGAGGACGGGAGUCUUCAGGGCCCGACGGGAAACCAACACAUCUAUCAGCCUGUGGGUAAACCAGACCCCGCAGCUCCGCCAAAGAAACCGCCGCGGCCUGGAGCCCCCGGUCACCUGGGCAGCCUCGCCAGCCUCAGCAGCCCCGGGGACAGUUACAACGAGGGCGUCAAGCUUCAGCCCCAGGAAAUCAGCCCCCCGCCCACUGCCAACCUGGACCGGUCCAACGACAGGGUGUACGAGAAUGUGACGGGCCUGGUGAAGGCUGUCAUCGAAAUGUCCAGCAAGAUCCAGCCAGCCCCCCCGGAGGAGUACGUUCCCAUGGUGAAGGAGGUCGGCCUGGCCCUGCGGACAUUACUGGCCACCGUGGACGAGACCCUUCCGGUCCUGCCAGCCAGCACUCACCGAGAGAUCGAGAUGGCCCAGAAGCUGUUGAACUCCGACCUGGGCGAGCUCAUCAACAAGAUGAAGCUGGCCCAGCGGUGCGCCAUGACCAGCCUACAGCAGGACCACAAGAAGCAGAUGCUGACCGCCGCCCACGCCCUGGCCGUGGACGCCAAGAACUUACUCGACGUCAUCGACCAGGCCAGACUGAGGGCACUCGGACACGCGAGGCCGCGCUGAGGGGCCCCCCGGGCCUCGGGGAGGACGCGCCCCGGCGCCCCGCCAGCAGCGGGGGGCUCCCCCGCGCCCGGGGCUGUGACUGACGGCCGGUUCAGAACCUCUCUCGGACAAAUUUAACCUUAUUUGAUUUGAGUUCGUUGUUUGGUUUUGUUUUUCUUUAAUCAUGGUGUUCGGAAAAGUCCAGGAUCCAAGAUGUGGCAUUUUUCUGAGAAUGAACAUUGUUCGUGAGAAGCUUUCAAGAAUCACCAAGAACAGAUGACCGUCCCGUGAGGGCGUGUUUCUGUGGAAACGGCCCAGGCGGGGCCGUGCGUGCGGGGCCUGAGCCAGCUCAGCUGCGCACAGGCAGAGGAGACCGGGAGGAGAAUUCUGGGAAACCCGAGGGGCUGAGAGCUCUUCUGCGUGUGCAGAGUGGCCAGCCAGACCGGAGUUUCUGCUGUGAGGACGCCCUUCCGUCGCAAUACGCAAGCAGCGCUCUAAGAGAACAUCAGAGCUAUAGUUUGGAGACUUGGGUCAUUUCAGAAACAAACAGAACAGCAGCCACCCUUCUGUCCUUCCCGCCUUUUACUUUCCUGUUGGAUAUGUGAAGAUUCGGUUGGAAGCUAGCUAUAGACCACACUAAAAACUUUUGUCUUUUUUCACCAGAAUAACGUGCCAGUUUUUUGUAGCAAUGUUAUUUCUCUUGGAAGCAGAAAUGCUUUGCACCAGAGCACCUCCAAAGUGCAUUGAGAAGUAGUUCUGGAACCAUCCCUGUUUUCCAUUUUUAUAUAAUUUAUACAGAAAGACGAAAGCCAUGUUGACUAUCUUGCAGCCACUGGAGCUGACUAACCCUUCCUUGUGUCUGUCUUCCCAGGAGGCGAGUAAGCAAAGCAGAGAGAGUUGGUUUUCUUUCGAUGUCCAGUUACACCAUCCAUUCUGUUAAGUAAUUUUGAAGAGUAUACCCUCCCUUUAGUUUGUCGGGGGAUAUAAAUUAUUCUCAGGAAGAAUAUAAUGAACUGUACAGUCACUUUGACCUAUUAAAAAGGUGUUACCAGUAAA